GUUACUGAACGCGGAAGUCCGCGAAUGUGCGAAUGUGCAAUAUAAAACCAACUUUACCUAAGUGUCAGCUGACACUUCCUGACAUUAUAUGCCUCAGCCUGAGUAAUUCAUUGAAUAUUGAGAAACCGGGUCUCCACCAAAGCUAAUAUUCAUCUAUAUGCAUACACGAUGGGGUGUAAGGUGCUGUGUCUCAGUGUUAUUGCCUUCAUGUGCCUAAUGAAGGUUGAACAUGUCAGAGCACAAUGUACACGGCCUCAUUUUGGAGAGAAUGUCGUCUUAUCAGAUGGAAACAGCUUGACUGGUUUCCCCAAUGGAUCCACCGUAACAUUUGUGUGCGUACCAGGAUAUAAGCCAAUUAACUCAAAAGCAUCAAGAUCAGUUACCUGCUCUGGAAACCAGUGGACAGAUCUGGCCCUCGAAUGCACAAGAAGGUCCUGUGGAAGCCUUCCAGAUUUCUCUCAUGGGAGAUAUGAAAUACCUAAUGGUAUUUUAUUUGGCGAAACGAUUACAGCAGUUUGUAACAAAGGAUAUAUGUUAAGUGUCCGUAGAAGUCAAAGAGUGUGUCGAGCUGAGGGAGUCUGGGAUGGCAGAGAUCCUGUCUGUGAAGUGGUAAAAUGUCCACCACCUCCAAAAGUAGAAAAUGGGCAACUUGAUGAUGUGCCUUUGGAAAGUUAUGAAUAUUUACAUUCUGUCUCUUACAAAUGUAACAGUGGGUUUUCUAUCAUUGGAAAUUCAGCACUUCAUUGUGAUGAAAAUGGAACUUUUCAACCAGAACCACCAAAAUGUUUUGGUGGGUGUAUAAAGAACACAAUUCCACAUUCAGUUCGAAUAGCUGGAGGAUUGCCCCCCUACCAUUUAAAAAAAUUUUUACAGUAUAAAUGCGAAGAUGGCUAUAAAAUGGAAGGAGACAGUUAUAUUGUGUGUACAGAAAAUGGAUGGGACCCUGAACCACCAAAGUGCAUUGCGGUGAAAUGUCCACCACCUCCAAUAGUAGAAAAUGGGCAGCUUAAUGCUGUGCCUUUGGAAAGUUAUGAAUAUUUACAAAAUGUCUCCUACAAAUGUAACAGUGGGUUUCUUCUCAUUGGAAAAUCAACCCUUCGAUGUUCUAAAGAUGAAAAUUUUCAACCAGAGCCACCAAAAUGUGUUUAUGUGUGUCCAAAGCCUGAAAUUCCAAAUGCAAUUGAAAUCGGUAAACAAUUGCCCCCCUACCAGCUAGAUACCUUAUUACAAUUUAAAUGCGAAGAUGGCUAUAGAAUGGAAGGAACAGAUAAUAUUAAGUGUAAAGAAAAUGGAUGGGACCCUGAACCACCAAAGUGCAUUGCGGUGAAAUGUCCACCACCUCCAAUAGUAGAAAAUGGGCAGCUUAAUGCUGUGCCUUUGGAAAGUUAUGAAUAUUUACAAAAUGUCUCCUACAAAUGUAACAGUGGGUUUCUUCUCAUUGGAAAAUCAACCCUUCGAUGUUCUAAAGAUGAAACUUUUCAACCAGAGCCACCAAAAUGUGUUUAUGUGUGUUCAAAGCCUGAAAUUCCACAUGCAAUUGAAAUCAGUAAACAAUUGCCCCCCUACCAGCUAGAUACCUUAUUACAAUUUAAAUGCGAAGAUGGCUAUAAAAUGGAAGGAACAGAUAAUAUUAAGUGUAAAGAAAAUGGAUGGACUCCUGAACCUCCAAAUUGCAUUGCUCUUCCAACCCCCACACCAACUUUACCUCCUCCAAAUCAUGUAUUCGCUAUUGUGGCAUCAGUGCUGGUAGGGAUUGGAUGUUUCUUUGCUGGAGCAGUUUGUUACUACAAAAAGAGAAACUCAAAACAUUAUUCUGAAACGUUGCCAACUGGAGAUGAAGAGGAAGAAUUAUAACACCCUCACAUGAUCUAAUAACAAGCCUUAGUUCUCAUGAAGAACAUUUUAGAUGCAAAAUUAAUCUUCCUCAAAAUGUAUUCUGCAAGAUUCAAGCACGUCCCAGAAUCUGUAGAAGCAUACAGGUUCCUCCCAGCAAAUUCCAUACCAGAAAAAUCAAACACCCACAUUUGUGUAGAGAAGCUUCAUUUCACUUCACUCACUAACAGCAUUUGACAGCUUUGUAUCAUUCUAUGUUCUCUGUUUGAAAAGGAUGUCACUACACAAAUGAAGUUGAAUUCACUUUCAUAAAGUAUUUUUUUUUAAUUACAACACUGUAUUAAUACGGUGAUCCCUCUGCACUUAAGAAUGAUUUUGCAAUUACCCUUUGUCCUAAGUGGAUAGCCAAGUGUAUAGGCUAUCACUUUAAGAAAUGUGCUUUCUCUGUGCAGUCAGCCACAUUUAGCACAAUAUUACAUAAUAUUCUUGACCAUUUCAGUAUUUUUAUUCUGCAUUGUAUAAACAAAGCAUGAGGCUCUGUUGUAGUUUUCCAUUGUUUUCAGAUUUAAUUGGGCUAAAACAAAACAUUUUUUAAAGGAUGUGAUUUGCAGGGCAGAUUUUAAAGUAGUAAUCCUGCUGAUGUACUAAAAGUGCCUUUAAGUAGAACAGAGCAUACUGUUUUUAUUCCUAUAGGGUUUUUGCAGUGUUAUCAAGCUUUAUGCAAUGUACAAAUGUUGCAGAAAUACCAUUUAUGCUGUUAGCCUUGAUUAAAGCUUUCGGUCUGAUGAUGAAGAAGAGAAUGGAGAAAGCAUGUUCUUUUUAAGUGUUAAGUCAUGAUUUAUUUUGUCUGUCUCUUUUUUUUUAUUUAUAAUUGUAGAGUUGUCCAUCAAACUCAAGCCCAAAAUAUCUUCAGUUCUUUGAGAUGCCUAUUUAAUUCACAUUUUUAGUUUUCAUAAAAUGCAUAUUAUGAAAGGAGCUGAAGUCAUCAUUAACAAAAUAAUUUUAAAAUUGUGUCAGUUAGGCUAUGUCAUCAUUUUGCAAUGCUAAAGAAUCACUGUGUUGCUUUUUCUACAUUGUUAAAUUAAGGCUGUUUAACCACUCUAAUUUAAUUUAUUUAUUAUAAUAUAAAAAUCUUGUAUAUUACAUCUAGGUACAUAUAAUACAUACAGUGGGUAUGGAAAGUAUUCAGACCCCUUAAAUUUU